GAAUAGCUUUUUCUGUAUCUUGUUUGCGUUGCUUCUGUAAAUUAUUAUAUAUACGUCAAAUAGUUUUUAUUUUGCCUGGCGUCGAGUGGAAGCUAUAAACAUGUCGAAGAGCACGGAGGAGGUGAACAAGCUCACUGAAAGUACAUACAAGAAUGUAAUGGAUCAAUUCAACCCUGGACUGAGGAACCUGGUCAACUUGGGAAAGAGCUAUGAGAAAGCUGUUAGUGCAAUGUCCAUGGCAGGAAAGCUGUAUUUUGAUGCACUGUCAAAGAUUGGGGAGAAUGCUGCAAUGUCUCCAGUCUCCAAAGAGUUAGGUGCAGUACUGAUGGAAGUCUCAGAGGUCCAUAGGUCGGUUCAACUUGAACUCGAGGAAAAUUUUAAGAGGUUCCACAGGGAGGUAAUAGCUGAGCUGGAGAGGAAGACUGACAUGGAUGUCAAAUACAUGACAGCAACGUUCAAGAGAUUCCAGAUGGAGCAAAAGAUGAAGCAAGAUUCUCUGGAGCGGGCCCAGGCUGACUUGAAGAAGCUGAGGAGGAAGAGCCAAGGCAAGAACGCCAACAAGUACGAGAACAAGGAGAGCGAGUGCAUCGAAACGCUGACAGGUCGACAGAUGGACAUGCAAUUGUUCCUCGCAGAUAGCUGUAAGGAAGCUCUGCUGGAGGAGAAAAGACGCUACUGUUUCCUCGUUGACAAGCACUGCAUCCUCACCUAUCACUUCGCUACCUUCCAUGACAAGGGCAGAGAAAUAUUGGUGUCAAAGCUGAGAACCUGGCAGGACCAGUGCACGGACGCCACCGACAUGCCCGAGAGCAUUUUGUCCAUGAUCGAGGGACUGAGAAAACCCGUCACCAUCACGCCGCUACCUUCCCCCUCCCCGUCACGACACAGCGUGAACAUGUCUGCUCCCCCAGCCCCACCUCAGAAGGCUCAGACAAGCCCUUUAGUUAAUAUGUUCAACCAAGACAACCACACCCACAGUGUAACCACCACUACUAACUACAGCAUGGUCCACGGUAACGGUGACGAGAGCGGCCUUGCCCGGUCCGUGUCCGUCGCCACAGGCCUCAACAACAUGGUGAAGAAGCCACGCGUUCGCACCAUCUUCCCCCACACGGCUGGCAACAACAACACACUGCUCAGCUUCGACGAGGGAGACGUCAUCAUCCUGCUCAUCCCCGACGAGAGGGACGGGUGGAUGUACGGUGAAAUGGAGAAGAACGGAAAGAGGGGCUGGUUCCCAUCUUCAUACUGCCGCGCUCUCACAGAACCUCUGGUGAAUAACAACAGUGAUGCUGCUGCCCCUCACCGCAGCAAAAGUGUGGUCAACCUCCACCAUCAAGACACGGAGACGGACGAGGCAACAAUGGUGCUCCCCCCAGCGGACUACAGUAACACCCCGAGAUGCAGCUCCGUCAAGACCAACCCCUCGUCCACGAGCAGCGUGGUCACAAACAACCACCAUCACUCCCCGACCCCCUCUGCAGCCUCGUCCUCUGAUCUCAACACGGCUGCCCAGUCGAACGGCGUCUCGAGACCUCCGCCUGCUUACCUCGCCGGAGGAAACCCGUUCUCCACGGUCAGGCUACGUCCCACCGUCACCAACGAUCGAUCUGCACCAGCCAUCUGACACCCCCCUUCAAAAAAAAACCCUCCACCUUCCUGGGUCACCUGCCACGGUCUUUUAGGUCAUCCCCUUACUGUCCAGCUGCUACAUCUGGACCACAGCC